AUGGCCAAAUUGGCCGAACAAGCCGAACGAUAUGACGAAAUGGUGGCAUACAUGAAGGAAGUCGCCAAGCUCGGUCUUGAAUUAACUGUAGAAGAACGCAACCUGUUAUCCGUUGCAUACAAGAAUGUCAUUGGAGCUCGUCGUGCAUCCUGGAGAAUUGUAUCAUCGAUUGAACAAAAGGAAGAAACAAAAGGAAAUGAUGGCCAAGUGAAGAAGAUCAAGGAUUAUCGCCAAAAGAUUGAAAAGGAACUCACGGAUGUUUGCCAAGACAUUUUGAAUGUUUUGGAUGACCAUCUGAUUCCCGCUGCUGAGGCUGGUGAAUCUAAGGUCUUUUAUUACAAGAUGAAGGGAGACUACCACCGUUACCUUGCUGAAUUUGCUAUUGGUGAUAAACGAAAGGAAGCUGCUUCUCAUGCUCACGAUGCCUACAAAGCCGCAACCGAUAUUGCACAGACUGAGUUGGCACCCACUCACCCCAUCCGUCUGGGUCUGGCACUCAACUUCUCGGUCUUCUACUAUGAGAUCUUGAAUUCACCUGAUCGGGCUUGCCAUUUGGCCAAGCAGGCGUUUGAUGAUGCCAUUGCUGAACUCGACACUCUCAGCGAAGAAUCAUACAAGGAUUCAACGUUGAUCAUGCAGCUGCUCAGGGACAACCUGACACUUUGGACAUCAGAUCUCCAAGAUGAAGGUGACAAGGAUGCCGAGACAAAAGCAGAUGACGCUGAAGAGGCAAAAUAA